AUGGAAGAAUUUCCAUUUUCUUCGUCACUUGAUCUUUCCAACCUAAAUAAAAUGCUAUCAUAUGAACAAUUAUACGAAGUAAAGAAACAUAUUUUACCUGAACUUUUAGAAAAUGGAUAUAAAGGUUAUUUCGGAAAAAUAUGUGUAAUUGGUGGAAAUGAAAUAUAUUCUGGAGCCCCAUUUUUAUCGGCUUUAACCACACUUAGAUUAGGAGCCGAUUUAUGUUUUGUUGUGUCUUCAAAGGAAUGUAGUACACAUUUAAAAAAUUAUAGUCCCGAAUUAAUUGUAUAUCCAUAUCUAUACACAAAUAAAUUUCCAAAAGAAAAAAAUAAUUAUAAAGAUUUAGAAAAUUGUGUAAAAUAUUUAUCAAAUAGAAUUGAUAGUUGUGUUAUUGGACCAGGACUUGGAAAUAUAGACAAAGAAACAGAAAAUUGCUUAAAAUAUAUUAUUGAUAUAUUUAUAAAAUCAAAUAUAUUUUUAAUAUUAGAUGCUGAUAUUAUUCAGUUUAUUAUUACUAAUACAUAUUUAUUUAAUCUUGUUAAAAAUUAUAAGAACUGUAUAUUUACCCCUAAUAAAAAUGAAUUUAAAAAAAUGAUAUAUUUUUUAACUGAAAAAAAAAAUAUACAAUUUAAUAAUCUCUAUACAAAUCAAAUAAUAUUAUAUGGUCAUGAAAUAAUAAAACUAUUUAAUGGACCCAAAAUAUUAAUAAAAGAUUCUAAUGAUAUUUUCAUUUCAAAAAACCUUUUUUUUAUUUCUUCAAUUCAAAAUCAAUCAUUCAAACGCUUGGCAGGCUUAGGUGACAUUUUGACGGGGCUUUUGGCUGUGUUCCUUGCCUGGGGGUCCAAGAAAAAAGAGGCACUUUUACCCGAAAUUAAAGACAAAUUUUUAAUUAGCGAUUUAUGUGAAUAUCACGAAUAUUUAGAUGCCAUUUCAACUUUCAAUGCAUCAUAUUUACUCAAAUAUAUAUGCAAAGAAACUUUCAAAACAUUUCACAUUGGUAUGAUUGCUACAGAUGUAAUAAAUAACAUUCCAUUAUAUUUCCAACAAAUUUAUUGUGACCAACCCAAGAAAACAGAUGAAUCUAUAGAAAGGUAA